CCCUUCCCUCAUUUCCCCUUUUUUUCUGUAUUCCCUGUCCCUGCCUCCCUCACACUCACGCUUGCUGCUCUCUUUAUCUCUCUACCGCUCUCUCUCUGCUCCGGCACUGCAGUGCUGAUUGUGAUUGCACACACACACACACACACACACACACACACACACUGGAGCUUUGCUGAGAGGCGAGGACUGCAGCAGCAUGCACCAACGGUGGUUGAGACGUUGGUGGACUGAGGAGAGAGCCUCAUGCAGCGUGCAUCUUUUGCCAUGGAUGGAGUGAUGCAUUUGAAGAGCAGAUAGCUUAUGUUAUCCGACCUCCUCUGCACUGCCUCUGCAUCCCGUUCCCCCCUGCUCCUCCCACUCUAACUCUUCCUCCUCCUCCUCCUCCUCCUGUCUACUGCUUCACUAGACAGGACUAUAGAUUGACCGGGACUAGCGAGCGGCGGAUGAUCAGGUUUGCUCCGGCUGAAAGAUUCCUCUAUGGCGAUGCUAAGACUGCAUCUUCUGCUUCUGAUGCCUGGAUUUUAAUUGACAUCUGAGUCGAGAAGAUAACGCCCCACCUGCAAAAUAUAUCGGAUGUGUGUGUCGCCCCUAACCAGCAUUGUCAUUAGCUCAUUUCCUUGUUUUUGCUGGGUGUUUUUGCCUUUGCUGGCUAGCAGGCACUGCAGCAUCAGGACCGCAAGACCCGUGAACUAGUAGGGCAUGAGGACCCAGGGGCGAUCCAAACGAAGGGCUUGAGUGCUUCUAUUGCUGCCACUGCUGAGGUGCUUAUCUUGAUUUUUUUUUUCCUCCAGAAUAGGGUGUCUGGUGUGGUGGUGGUGGGGGGGUGAGAGCACAGGUAUCCAGGCCCCUGCAGAGCAGAGCAGGGUGGUCUGGUGCAUAGAAGAAGGAAGCAGGACGUCCUGUGGGAAAGGACCAGCUCGAGCCUUGGCCUCCUGAUGGUGGCUAUUUUUGUCUCCCCUAGCUGAGUGACUGGGACAGCGGGUGGAAGAGAAGAUGCUUAUGGCCCGAGACACGGCGCGAGAUGAGGCUCAAAAGCUGCACAGGAAGUGGCUGAAGCACCAGGCCUUCAUGGCAGAGCUGGCCCGCAACAAGGAAUGGCUGGCCAAGAUAGAGCAGGAGGGUCAGGAGCUUAUCCAGGAGAAGCCGGAGCUGCGCACGGUAGUGCAACAGAAGCUGGAAGAGAUCAGAGAGUGCUGGUCAGACCUGGAGACCACGACCAAGGCCAAGGCUCGCCAGCUCUUUGAGAACAACAAGCCGGAGCCAGCAGUGAAGAGCUACUCGGACCUUGACAACCAGCUUUCCCACUUGGAGCAGCAGCCCCCCCAAUUAGAACAGGCUCACCAUCUGCCCACCUUCAAUGAGCAGCUCCAGAAAUUCCAGGCCAUGGAGUCCCAGUUUGGAGACCUUUACAAGGAUGUGGAGGAACUGAGUGGCUUGCAGGGGGUUUGCCUUCCCCAGCGAGGUCUGAUGGCGGGUGACAAGGAGGGUGGUGAGCAGUCAGGCGUGGUAGAGACCCGCAUUGUGCGCCUCAUUGAGCCCCUGAAGGAGAGACGCCGCAUCUUGCUGGCCUCCAAAGAGAUGCACCAAGUCGCUCAGGACCUGGAAGAUGAGAUGCUGUGGAUUCAGGAGAGGCUUCCCCUGGCGUCCUGCAAAGAGUAUGGGAGUAACCUGCAGAGUGUACAGCAGCAUGUAAAAAAGAACCAGACCCUCCAGAGGGAGUUGGCAGGGCGGCGAGCUCGUGUUGAGGAGGUUCUGGACAGGGCAGGAAUUAUCGCAUCGCUGCGCACUCCUGAGGUGGAGUUUGUGCGUGAAGGGGCCGGCCAUGUGCGGCAACUGUGGGAGGUGUUGCAGCUGGAACAGGAAAGGCGGUCUGUCAUCCUGGACGCAACACUGCAGGCUCAACAGUACUACAGUGAAGCAGCCAAAGUGGAGUCCUGGCUGUCAGGUCAGAAGCUCCAGCAGGUCAAUGAAGAAAAAGGCACGGAUGAGGCGAGCACCCUGCAGCUGUUGAAAACCCACUUGGCUCUGGAGCAAACUGUGGAAACAUAUGCAGAGACAGUGGGCAUGCUCUCCCAGCAAUGCCAGCACCUGCUGGAGCUCGGACACCCGGAGAGCGAGCAGAUCACGAAGCAGCAGUCCCACAUAGAUCGGCUGUAUGUGUCCCUGAAGGACAUGGUGGAGCACAGAAAGACCAAGCUGGAGCAGCAGUAUUGGCUUUAUCAGCUCAACAAGGAGGUGGAGGAAUUAGAGAAAUGGAUCACCGAACGCGAGACGGUGGCAAGUUCUACCGAUCUCGGCCAAGACUUGGAGGAUGUUACGAUGCUUCAAGAGAAGUUCACCAAAUUUGCCUCAGAAACAAACAACGUUGGUCAGCAACGGAUGGAGCAGGUGAACAAAAUGGUGAAUGAAAUGAUUGACUGCGGCCAUUCGGAUGCGGCCACCAUCGCGGAGUGGAAGGAUGGACUGAACGAGUCGUGGGCAGACCUCCUGGAGCUGAUGGAGACCCGCAGACAGAUGCUGGCAGCAUCCAAACAACUGCACAAGUUCUUCACUGACUGCAAAGAGGUUUUGGCUCAGAUCGCAGGGAAGGUGAAGCAGCUGCCAGAGGUGAGGGCGUGCCAAGCCAACAUCACCAAUCCAGCCACCCUGCAGAGACUCAUGCACUCUUUUGAGCAUGCCCUUCAACUGUUAGUUACGCAGGUACGACAGCUACAGGAGAAUGCUGCACAGCUGCGGACUAUUUACGCUGGUGAGAAGGCUGAGGCAAUUCUGCUCAAAGAGCAAGAAGUGAUGGAAGCCUGGAAGGAACUGCUGAGCUCUUGUGAGGCCAGUCGCGUUCAGGUCACCUCAGUCACGGACAAAGUGCAGUUUUUCUCAGUGGUGCGUGAAAACCUCAUGUGGAUGGAGGGCAUUAUGGGCCAGAUCGGGUGGGACGAUCCCAGAGAUCUGACUUCCCUGGAGAUCAUGAUGAAGCAACACCAGGAGCUGAAAGCCAAAAUAGACGGCCGCAGCAAGACCAUUCAGCAGUGUGCAGAUCUCGGCAAGAUCCUAAUAGCUGCUGGUAACCCUGCAACAGAGGAGAUUAAAGAGAAGUUGGACAGUCUUUUGGCCAAACAGAAGGAUCUGGUUGAGAAAUGGGACAAACACCAGGAGAAGUUACAGCGCAAACUCGAGAGGUUCCAGUUUGCCCAGGAGACCGUAAAGGCGGAAGCCUGGCUGAAGGCCAAGGAGCCUCUGAUCACCUCCAAGCAGACAGAGGGAGGAGAGGCCCAGGUCCAAACUGACGAGGUUGAGCAGCUCAUCCUUCGCCAUGAAGCCUUCCGCAAGGCUGCUGUAACCUGGAAAGAACGCUUCAGCUCUCUCCGUCAGCUUUCCGCAGCUGAGAAGAAAAAAGAGGAAGAGAAAAAGACGCCACUUUCCAGUCGAAGGAUGUUCCCAUUAUCAUGUCUGACUCCAUCUAGUCCUUCAUCCAGUUCAACUCCAUCUUUCAUGAGGCAGAUGGUACAGGCCCAAAUAGAACCCACACCCUUACAGACCAGUGUGGAACUGGGUGCCACCAAUGCAACCCAGAGGUUGUCCUCGACGCUUGCCAGCUACAACCCAGUCAUAAAUGGAUCAGGCUAUCAUGGACUGGAGUCGCACUGUAGUGGAAAGUUGGUAAGCUCCUCCUACCUUGGAAUGAACCACCAGGCGAUUGGAGGUGGAAGUGACUCUGCUUUUUCAGCGUUACCAUCCCAUUGUGGAGGCCCGGACCCUUCAACUUACCUUGGGAUAAACAAUCAAAUACCUGACAGUGCAGAGAACUCUGGAUACUUUGGGCUGUCUGCUGGCUGUGUGGGAGGUUCUGGCUACUCGAUGCAAAGCCAUCCAGGCAGUAGCAGGUUAGGAAGUUUGGGUAACCUGACUCAGGAGCAAGGUAGUGCAGGAAUGGGCAAUCCUGGGUUUCUUCCUCAGCAGAAUAUGGGAAGUUCCGGCUAUUUGACACAACAAAACGUGGGAGGUUCAGCUUACUUGACACAACCACAAAACAUGGGAAGUUCGGGGUACUUAACGCAACCACAAAACAUGGGGAGUUCUGGAUACUUGGGGCAGCAGCCCAAUUUAGGGAGUUCAGGAUAUCUUGCCCCGCAGCCCAAUUUAGGUAGUUGUGGAUACCUAGCGCAGAAUUAUCAUAGCAGUGGAGGAAUGGGUAGCUCCGGCUAUCUUGCACAAAAUCAUUAUAGCAGUGGAAGUCUAGGUAGUUCUGGUUACCUAGCACCAAGUGGUGGCAUCAUGGACCCAAAAAUGGCCUACGCAUGGCAACACCUGAAGGCGGACUUCAUGCAACCCAGGAUCAAUCACAUUCACAAGGCUGUAAAUCCCCUCCUCGAGGCCAGCAGAGUACAGCGGGAGCAGUAUGGCGAUAUCCCGAUGGCAGACAUGAUGGGGCCGGAGUCAGGACUGGAGCUCCUCCACGGCCGUCUCCAGAGGGAUCCCCGUGGCAGUCGCUCGGACCCUCAGAUGGACCACCUGCGGCGAGAGAGGGAGUACAAAUUGGGUCGACAAACUUCCAGCGAACAGGAGAUCCAAGCCAGGCUGAAUGAGCUGCCGCUGAUUGUGCGUCAGGAGCGGUACCGGAGACGCCUGGAGAGACAAUCGUCCAGUGAACAAGAGGGCAGUGGCAAGCAGAGGCUUCAACGACAGGACUCGAGUGACCUGGAGGGAUCCAUUAAAGAGGGCUCAGACAAACGCUCAGGGGAGAAGAGAUCUACUAUGGCAGAGAUUGUAGAACAAGUCCAGGAGCGAGAAGCAGCACAUGCCAGAGGAGAGCCGUAUCGGCCUCCAAGCAGCCUCUCUGCACCAGUGACUCGUUUCGAUGGACGCCCUCGUGCUCGAGACCGACCCAAACCAAGGAGGAGGCCCCGUCCGAAGGAGCCUGAGGAAACCCGUCGCUCUCGCUCCGCUCCUGCCACUGGUGCCCCAACGACACCUCAGCCGCCUUCACACACAGCACACAAUGAAGGCUUCCUGUAUCGCAAAAAGGCCACCAGCUCUGACCUUGAAGCUCAACAGAGGAGCCCCACCAGCAAAUCCUGGGUGAAUGUAUAUUGUGUGCUGAAAGAGGGCAAGAUGACCUUCUAUAAGGACGCCAGAAACCACAACACAACAUACAAUGGAGAGCCUUCUGUUGACCUUUCCAACUGCUCGUUUGAUCCUUCAAUGGGGUACAAGAAGAAGAAGAACGUCUUCAUUCUUCAAGUCAACGAUGGAAAUAACUUUGUAUUUCAUGCAAAAGAUGAGGAGGAUCUGAAGGCGUGGACUUCCAGCAUCACCACCUGUAUAUCUGAGCAUGAUGCCAUGGCCAUGUGGGACAAGCCCGUCACCUCCGGCAUGGACGCCGACCGCUCAGAGAGGAAAGAGAAGUCUGAGGGGGAUGCAGACGCCAGGUCAGAGAGAUCGGAGCUGGUCGGGGAGGAGAGGUCUGAAAAGGAGAGGUCAGAGAAAGGGGACGGCUCCGACAAGUUAGACACAUCAGAAAUUGCUGACAAGUUGGAGGGUGGGGCGGGGGGCUCCAGCACAUCUGGACGGAGCAAAUGACAAUUGGCAUACGUGGUUGUAUGAAUGGAAAGCAUGUUUGCAGAGCCUCAGUCCAAGAGCUGGGACAGCUGAGGCCACAGCCCACGGACAUGACUACUCUAACUGUGACUAACUCAUCUCUCAGACCCUCCCCUUCACCUGUGGCAGUGCAUCAGUGCUUGCAUUGUGCCACCUGCUGGUAGGUGGAGGCAAGGGGAGGGGAUGAAGGUUGUCGUUUAAUCUCUUGGAUUCAUCUUUCCGUAUGUUACAAUGACUGAUGAUGCCAUGUCUGUCUGUCUCGACUCACCCGAGAAAGAGAUGUUCACAAUAAUGAAAAAAAAACUUUUGAAGCAAUAUACUUUUUUAUGUUCUCUCUAAUAGUGAGAGAUGAAAGCAAAUGAAACACAAAGUAGUUGCAAAUGUGAACUCAAAUGAUUUGAUAUGAUUUCUCAUCCACACGAGCUUACCCGAGGCAGUCUUGCACCUUAAGACACUUACAAAAACACAAAAUCUCCAAGACGUGUGUUCCCACCACAUGGAAAUCAUACAUUAUGUUAUUAGCCCCUUUUCCACCAAAAUCACAGGAACACGGGAAUCUGUGGGUUUGCUUUUCCACCGCACGGCAAAGAUCAGGGUCAUUCAUUUCAACCAGGCAUGGGGGAGUACGAAUGGUUCUACACUGAUGGCGUGUAAAUAAACAGACAAUUCAGUCUAAGUCUUAUUAUUGGUGAAAAGUGCAGUUUCUAAGAGAAAUGGGUCAGUUUAUGCCGACGUGUGUUCAUGCGUAACUUCAUCAUUAUCGCUAAGCAGCGUGAAACGAAACGGCUGAGAGUCCUUGAAAGAAGGUGGGUGGCAGAACGGUGGGAGGGGCAACGGGAAAGUGACCACCACUUACAUUCAAAGGUUCUUUCUUCUUUCGUGGUAGACUUGACAAACAAAAUGCAAAAUGGUCAACAUGGUGAAAGCUAUUUUCGGUUAUGUUGAUUUCAUAGGGUUCUACAGGUGGUCCACGACUUCUGUUCCUGGACACCUUUAGUCUAAGUCGGAUCUUCUACCUAAAUUAACUCCCAAGUCAUUCACAUGUACAAAGAACACAUGAAGGAUAUAUUAAAUCCAGGAAUAGAAUGAAAUGGAACAGUAAUAAUGUGGGUGUCUUCCAGGCCUUUCUACCUUUGAUUAUAUUGUCCGUGCAGCUAAGCGACACGCAAAAUUCGUGCGUAUUAAAUAUUGUGCUCGUGCAUGUCAUCAUACACACGCUGGCUUGCGACGCAAUCGCGGAAAGUUGAAAAACGUUCAACUUUUCAUCGCUGUCGCCCAGACGAGGACCAAUCAGUGGGCGUUUUAUGAACCAACCAAUGAGCGGAGAGGAUGCUAUUCAGCAAAACCUGCUGUGUCAGAUUUCCCGCAGCUAUUUGACAUUUAUAAAAAAGAAUAUCACGACAUAAACAAAAAAAAGCAGCGGUAAUGGGAACUUGCUGACGGUAGAGUAAACAUACCAGGUAAGUUUACAUUAAUUGGUGUAAGCUUAUCCUCAAUACUAGCAAGAGUACUCUAUCAACAUGGCCGCUUUUUCUCCUUCAAACUGCCGUAAUUUCAGGUGUAUAAGCCGCUACUUUUUCCUUAAACUUUGAAUCCUGCGACUUAUACAGCGGAGCAGCUAAUUUAUGACCAUGUGCUAAUCUCGUGACAUCUCAUAUACUUCAGAACUACUACUAAUCAUUCGAAUACUGUGCUGCUCGCGAGUUGGUGAGGAAACGGUAGCUCUUUCUUUGGCCGGAGCCAAUCACAAGCUGUAAGGGAACUCCCGACAAGUUUGUCAAACUAUUGGAAAUCGCCAAAGGUCAUUACUCAAUAGAACAGUCUGACUCACGAUGUCAUAUUCAUCGUAUUGGUACAUGUCUUGUAUAUUUCUUAGGUAUACUUUUUGAGUGUUAAGUUGCUGUGUGAUGAUUUUAGCUUUCCAUCUAAGACGACACCGUGAGUCAGACUGUUCUAUUGAGUAAUGACCUUCGGCGAUUUCCGAUGGGUUGACAAGCUCGUUCUGAGUUUUCUCACAGCUCAUGAUUGGCUCCUCUCAAAUAAAGAGCUGACUGGUCCUCAUGGACUCGUACUCGCCACAAUGUCUUUUUAUGAGGUGGACAUGUGCGGCUUAUAGUCCGGUGCGGCUUAUUUGUACGAAUAUGUUUUUCACACUUACACACCGGAAAUUAUGGUACUUUGAUAGGAGGCUCGUAAUUUGCUCUGGUUGUGAGCGUGUUGCUCACCGGUGCUACGUGUUGGCGAGGAGUUUCUCCAAUCGCAGCCAUUUGUCGCCUCCCAUGUUUGGAGCCCAUUAGGCCAAUCUUCGGCCAAAACCAUUGGCACCUUUGGCAUGCCAACACUUUUGGCCAUAACUGCAUUUUCCUCUGUAAAUACGCUUAAAAGAGUCGUCCGUUCACUUCCUUUCUUUUGCUGUCUUUUCCAAAUGAUUAAAAAGAAGCUUGUAAAAAUGAAAUAAACAAGUCUGCAGGCGCACACUAGCUUAAACAUGGUGGAUGAAACAAGGGUGUUCCACCCAUUACUUCCCCAUAAAAAUUCCUGGAACUUGUGCAAGAGACUACCUGGAACUGGAAAGUUUGAUAUCGGUGGAAACGCAGUGGGGGGUUUUGAAAGUUCCUGCAGUGGAAAAGGGGUUAAUGUAAAAAGUGCUGGUGUUACCCACCUAGCUUCUUGGAUGUUAUAAAUAUGAAUUACUAUUUUUUUGAUCCAUGAAAAAAAAAAAGGGAGCUCUCCAUGAAAUGAUGACGGUAAAAAUAUUUGACACAAUGCCUUUGUACACAUUACCGAAAGCUGAACACUGCAUGAAAUAGUCUAUUAGUGCACUUGUUAAACCUUUUUUUGUUCUGAAAAUCAUUUUGGGGAAUUGCAAUAAUGUAGUGCGAGGAGACAUUUUGCAGUCACGGUCCACGACUCACAAAGUAAGAUUGUCUUCCAUCCUCCCUUACCUGCUGGAUGAACGAUGAGCAAGCCAAGCGGCCCCCUUUGUUUCUUCUCGUAUUUACUUUCCAGGCUCUGACAUGUUCUCACCGCUGGGUUUGUGAAGCGCUCUGUAAGACUGUGGCGAGUUUUAUUUGGAAGUCCAACCAGAUUCUCAAUUACCAACAGUGUUAAAAAUGCAAAUCUGCUGUGGUUUAAGUCAUGAAUUGUAUAUACCUCUCUUUGUAUGUAUAUCAACAAACCCUGUGCUCUAAUAAAACAGUACUCUGACGUAAAA